GAUUGCCGAAGAGUAACAGUUGAUGCAAUCAGAUUUCAUUCUGAGAGAUAACGGUUGAAUGCAGGUUUUUGUUCCUUUCUUCACCCAAAAAACUUUGCACAUUUAAUCAAGCCCCAAUGUAAUUGAUCGUUCGUUAGGCAAGUACGUGAUGUCCCGCAAGUAAUCAUCAACUAUGUAGAAUUCGGUGCUGGAUAAUCAGGCAUUUUUGUCACAGUGCUCUCUGCACUGCGAGCAAUGCAGAUCAACCCCAUCUCUAUGGUAAUGCAAAAUGGCGGGAGUUUAUCUCGUGCUUAUCGUAUUACUUUUUGGUCGACUUUCGGAAUCAUUGAGUGAUACAGACAUUAUUUCCAGGAUCUCUAAGCUCGAGUUUCCACAAGGUUUACCGAAUAAAACUGUUUAUGGUAGACCUGUCAUUAAAAUUCCCCCGUUUGGACGACUUCCGGGACUUAUGCAAUAUGUUCCAAAAGGAAAACAGCUGAAGGAAAAACGACUACGAAGGAGACUUGGAAACGACUUUGAUGAGUUUUGGAUGUCUGUACAAAAACCUAUCGAGACGGAAAAAGAAAUCACUGUUACUGGACCCAAUCACAUAAGACUACAAAUAUUAGAGGAUAUUGAAAAUUUUACCAAGUCCUAUAAAUUUCAGAUUGAAAAUACAACUGAAUAUGUUGAUGAAACUGUAUCAUUCUUUAGAAGAAUGAUGACCUAUGGAUCAUGUAAAGUUGAAUAUGAAUGGGAGGACCUAAGCGUCCUGUUUUGGCCUCGGUGGGUAAAGCGAGGCUCGUGCAAUACGGAAGUGUCGUGUUCCUUUCCGUCGGGAAUGUACUGUGCCUCAGCUCGAAGUAAGGUUAUCAAGCUUUUAAGAUGGACUUGCAAGAGAAAACGGAAAGGUUCUAAACGUCGGAAAAACAAAAACAAGACCGAAAAAAGCAAAGAAAAUCCCAAGAAAAGUCGUUUUCCCGGUGUAAAAUGCAGAUGGAAAAAAGUACCGUAUCCUGUAACAGAUGCUUGUGUGUGUUCAUGCUGACAGCGGCUACAUUUGUGUUUUGUGUAACAAUAUUUCCUGUGAUGACGAACAGCAAGACGAAACACUUGCCCUGGAAUGUCUUAAUCGAUUCUUAACAAUUGUCAGGACUCAGGAAUGUUGGAGGAAUUAUGAAAAUAAAAUACUUUGAAUGAUGUUCCAACAAAACAGAUGCCGCUGGCAAACUCAUUAGAUACAGUGGUGUAAAUAUAGGCAUAACAAUGCUAGUCUUCUCUCUGCAUGAAAUAUUGCAGACAUUCAAUUUUUUCAUGCUUACUUCUUUCAUUAUUAAACCAUCGAAGUUACAUUAUAUUUAUGAUAAUGAAUUUGUGUGUAAUAUUUCUUUAUUUUUGCUUUCAUUGUGCAAAAAUCAAACAAAUACUUUCAUAUUGUAAAGUAAAGUUAUUUGCAUUCAUGUUAACCUGUAUACGCUCGAUUUCUUCAUUUGGCAAUGCAUAAACUAUUAAAAUAAUAACUUAAGGAAUCCGACCGUUGAAGCAUUGCGGGAGAUCAACGUACAAUGAACCGUAAUAAUAUAUACUAUCCUAUAAGUCGGUUGUAUUUUUUGCUAAGCUUAAAUAUCCUUUUUUCCCAAACAGGUUCAUAAAUCUACUUGUCGAAA